CAAACAAGCUUUUUUUAUUAAUCCGCAAAUCUACCAUCCAGCGGCGGUGUCUUUCACUUCAAUGGCUUUGAUAAUACAUUGCUGGAGGCGACUUGCCGCCACCGGUCGCCGACCAGCGGCGGAUAUUAAUCCGCUUCUCUACCCUUCCGCUUCUAGAUUCUACUACACACCGCCGUACUUGAUAAAGGUGGGGAUUCCUGAUUUUCUUAAUAGCGUGGGGAAUGGGGUGGAGGCGCACGCUGCGAAGUUGGAGACAGAGAUUGGAGACUUCAACAAGCUUCUUGUUACGAGGACGCUUCGCCUCAAGAAGCUCGGCAUUCCUUGCAAACACAGGAAGCUGAUAUUGAAAUAUACACAUAAGUAUAGGAUGGGACUAUGGAAGCCUUGAGCGGACCAUCAAAAGGCUUAAUCAGGCUUGACAUCCAGAUUGUAGCAUCCAACGUAUCAAUAGUUUUUCAUAAUUUUUAUUUUUAAAAGAAGCGGCUUUCUAAUAGCAUGUAUUAUAAUUUUGUAUAAGGAAUUAGAGUCCUUUUUUCUUGUGGAAGGAAGUAAGAUUGUUUGUCUAUUUAUUUUUAUUUGUACUAACUCCUAUCUUUAUGGAUGCUAAAUGCUCAGAGGUUAAGUUUGUAAUGAUGAGAUUGAUUUUUCUCAUUA